AUGGAGACCAAAGGAUAUCACGGCUUCCAGGAAGGAGGAGAUAUGGAGAGGCGAUGGGGACAGGUGCCACAGUCUAUGGAAUUCUCCUCAGCGUCCAGGCAGCAAACCUCUGAGAACACUUACAUGGAAAUUGUAAAUGUAAGCUGUGUACCCAGCACUUUUCCACAAAAUCUCACAGAAAGAGAGGAGAAAGAGAAGCAAGAUCUUCUCCCUUGCCUUCAGCAAGAUAAUCAGUCUGGUGUUUUGGCCCAAGAACUUAAGAGUGAUCUAGAGUCAAAAGAACUCUCUGCAACGGUAGCGGAGUCUAUGGGAUUGUAUAUGGAUUCUGUACGAGAAGCUGAUUUUGCUUAUGAUCAGCAAAACCAGCAAGGAAUGAUUGGUCCUGGAAAUACUUAUGAGAAUGUGGAACAUCUUGUUAAAUUUUAUAAGCCGGCCUCUUCUGGCACUUUUCCCUUAAACUGCCAGAAUCAAACUGUAAGUUCUAUUCUAGAAGCUGACAAUUCUGUGAAUGGUAAACUUAACAGUAACACCUUAAGGAGCCCAUCUUCUUGUAAUGAGAAGAGUCCAGCGACUAACAGCCCCUCCAACAUGGCCCUUUCUCUUUGCAGCCCCACUGGAAUUAACUCUGUUUCCUCUACUACAUGUCCAUCCAACUUUGGAAAUUUUGCAGUCCACAGUCCAGUCAACCAAGGAACUCCUGUUCCAUGUUCACCAAAUAUUGACAAUAGGUGUUCUAUUUCUCAUAGUCCUGCACAUACUAACACGGCUGAAUCCCCCAUGUCUAGCCCAUUAAGUAGUUUGAGAUCACCCAUUUCAAGUCCACCAAGUCACUGCAGUAUAAAAUCCCCAGUAUCAAGUCCAUUGAAUAUUGCAGUGAGGCCUAAUGUGUCUAGUCCUGGAAAUAUAAACACACGAUGCUCUCUUUCCAGUCCUUCCAAUGCGAAUAACAGGUCCUCUAUUUCUAGCCCUGCUGCAAGUUCCAUGGGUUCUUCUAUCUGUAGUCCAGCACACAACACUUUGGGGUUUUCCUCUGCAGUUUUGUCUACAGAUUGUAGAACUGAUACCAGUAUCGGUACUGAAACUAAAGAAAAAGGCACCCAACAGCUCUUGUUUCCAAAAAUGGAAGUACUGGAGAAUGAAACUACUGACAGCAGUACACAGAGCUUGGUGAAAUUCAUCAAGCCUGAUCCAGAUGGGGCUUUUAUUGACUCCUGUUUUGGAGAUCAUGGUAAAGUUGCUUCCGAUACAUCUUUUCCAAUCUCUAUAAAACAAGAGCCAGGUAAAAACACUUGUUCUAAUUCUCUUUUUAAAAGCACCUCAUCAGGAAAUCCUUUUCCAUUUAUGGAUGGCUCAUAUUUUACCUUCAUGGAUGAUAAAGAUUACUAUUCCCUUUCUGGAAUUCUUGGACCACCUAUGUCAUCAUUUGUUGGCAGUUGCGAAGGUAAUGGCUUUUCUGGUCAAGGGCUCUCCAUGGGGAUUAAACAGGAGGCGGACGAUAGUGGUUUUUACCCAGAGAACACUAUGCCUUCCUCAGCCAUUGUUGGUGUUAACUCAGGUGGACAGUCAUUUCACUACAGAAUUGGAGCUCAAGGAACUAUCUCCCUGUCUAGGCCUGUCAAUCGAGACCAGCCUUUCCCACAAUUGAGCUCAUUCCCUUCCGUUGGCUCAUUAGUUGAGAGUUGGAAAACUCAUUCUGAAUUGUCUCAGAGCACUUUGUCAUCCAGAAGAAAUGAUGGUUUUCCUGGUCCAGGAUACAUUCCAGAAAACGUGUCAAGGUGA